CCACUUUAUAAUCUACGGCUAACUCCGUACUAUGAUGUUUAUACUAAAUGUAUGCAUCCCAAUAUAGGAAAAAUUAGUCAUAUAGUAACAGCUCGACUCUAACAGAUUCCGAUGUAUUUAUUUGUGCUCCUAUAAGCUGGAAUAUUAGAAAACCUACUGCCUACCCUCAUGGUUUUUUUCUGUUUCUUGGUGGAUCAAAGAAGGAAGAUUAGGAGAAGCAAGCCGGUGGCCGGAUCAUGUUCGCGCUGCGGCAGAGGAGCUAGCGUGGCUGACAUGAGAACUGCCACCAGGUUUUGUUGUAUUCCAUUUUAUUGGAAAUCUUGGAAAGCUAUUAUGUGUACGUUUUGUGGAGCUAUUCUUAAAUCUUACAGAUAGAAGUUUUUUCAUGAGACAUUUAUCAGAUUUAUUCAUUACUGCAACUCUUUCUACUACUUCUUAAUUAACUAUACACGUAUAGAUGAGGAAACUCUGUUCUUCUUCUUGUUUUUGUGUUUUUUUCCUCAAGUUUUUUCUUUUAGUAGAGGAAGAGAAUUUUCGUUUUCAGCUGUAAGAGAUGCGAGCUUGAGAUCUUGCGAUGUCCAUAUAUAUAUGUAUUUGAAUUGAUAGUUUCA